AGUAUCCUAGCUACGAGUCGGUGACAAAUUUCGAGAAAAAUGUGGAAAAUACUGAUAACGGUUUGCGUCGUCAUGCAUCUAGCAAAUGCAGUUCCAAAGUACAUCAAUCAACCGAUCGUUUGCAAACCGAAUUCGAAAUACGUCGGUUGCAUAACACCGUGCGCCUUGAGCUGCGCAAAUAGACACAAGAAGGUCAAGUGUCAGAAAAUUUGUAAAGUGGCUGGAUGCGCCUGUGAGGAUGGUUUUCUCUUGGAUGACAAAGGAAAUUGUAUUAAGGAGCAUCAAUGUCCUAAAGUUUCGAAACCGAUUGCUGGAACAUAUGUUAAUCAACCGAUAGUUUGUAAACCGGACGCAAAAUACGUUGGCCACGUUUCUUCAUGCGCCCCGAGCUGCGCCAACAGGCAUAAAAAGACUUCGUGCGAAACCUUUUAUCAAGUGAGUGGAUGCGCUUGCAAAAGAGGUCUCAUUUUGGACAACGAUGGAAACUGCAUUCGGAAGUACCAAUGUCCCGCCCCAAUAAAAACCAAAUGCGAACCUAACGAGGAACUCAACAAAUGCGCCAACGGAUGCGCAAUAGCGAACGAGUCCAUUUGCGGUGUACUCAUACCGUCUAGUAAACUAACUUUUGGCAGAAUUUGUCCGAAGAUUUGCAAAUCGAUUUGCGAAUGCAAACGCGGUUUUGCUCGAAACAAGGAAUACAAGUGCGUUCCGAUUAAGCAGUGCUAUCUUGUCAAACAAUAAUCUGUAGCAUAGUUUCCAUGGAUAUGGUGAAAUAUAGUUUCAAUAAAUAAAUGAAUAAUCUAA